AUGAGCGCCUUUAUUCACGGCCUGAACACCACUACAACCACCACCACCGGCAGCAGCAGCACUACCGGUGCAUCGGAAAGGCCAUCGCAUCUAGUAUUCAAUAGCUCAGCAGCCAAUGUCAACUGUACCGGUAAUACCUGUGCCAACAACAACAGUGUAGCCAACAGUUAUCCUCAUAAUAAUAAUAGCCAUCAUAAUCAUCAUCAAAUUAACAAUAGUACUAGUAGUAGUGGUAGUGGUAAUAAUAAUAAUGACAUUAGUGGUGAUGAACCUGUACAUCAAAUUGUACUAAUGGUGCCCUUAAUGUUGCCACACAUGCGACUGAUGCUCGAGCUGUGCUUAGGUAUAUCCUGUAUCUGUCUAACGAUGCACCUACUGGUCUACGGUUUUGUACCUAAGCUACGGAACACACCCGGAAAGUGUCUAAUGUCGCUGUCGUUAGCCUUGCUUUCCGGUGCCGUAUUUUUUGUCCUAUCCCUACACAUUGAGCCGUCGCCCACCAGCUCCCUGUGCAUAUCGGUAGCCAUUAUCAGGCUAUACUCGUUUUUAGCGGCAUUUUUCUGGAUGAAUGUAUUGGCAUAUGAUGUCUAUAAAACGUUUACUCGUGCCCUUAAAUUUAAGAUAUCUAUCAUUAAAUUGAAAGCCCAGGAAAACAGCAAAUUUCUAGUCUAUUCACUGUACGGUUGGCUAAUGCCGGCGCUUAUAGUAUCCGCGACACUAGUAUUGCAAAUCAAUAUACCGGACGACUCGCCAUAUAAUCCCUCUUAUGGAAGAGUAACGUGCGGUAUAUCACACAUUGCGCCGAUACUCAUGUUUUUCUUCAUACCCGUCUCCAUCAUACUGACCGUCAAUGUUGGCCUGUUUAUCGUGACGGCCAUGAAACUGAAACGUUGCGCCGAAGAAACCCGUUUCGCUACCCGAUCCAAGGCCAAGGUUACCGUACGGCUGGUACUCUAUAUGAAAUUGUUGACAAUGUUGGGCGUUACCUGGAUCUUCUGGUUUAUAGCCUUGUUUACCCAGACCCCGGUGUUUACCUAUCCGACCAUCGUAUUGCAUGGCCUGAACGGGGCCUUCAUAUUCGUAUCGUUUACCGUCAAACGUAAUGUCUAUCGGCUUAUUGUCUAUCGGAUCAAGUAUUUGCGCGGUCACCGGCAUAUCGGUACGGCUAUCAAACGAUUCAAUAAUCAUAGGCCGGCCGUAAAAUCGGUUAGUGGUGUUGGCGUCGGUGUCGGCGGAGAUAAAAGUGAGACACAGUUUAGUUUGUUUAACGAUCCGUUUAAAGAUAGGUUUAGUUCAGUUUGA